AUAAUACACAGACCUCUGAAUUAUCUACACCUUUACGUUUCCAUGCACAGUACCUCUGUUUGAUGAUUUUAUUCAGGCAACAUAGUCUGCACAUCAAUGGCGAAUGCAACUGAAGUACAUAUACCGACAAGUGGCACAGAGAGUGUUAGCCCCACUGCCUGGUCUGAGGAUGAUGUCACAUCCGGUAAAUCACCAUGCGAUUCUAGACCAUACACGGUGACGCCGGUCGUUAGCGUGGCUAAAAUCGACGUUGAGAAGGAAAGCAUACAAGGCGUUCCGGAAAAGCAAAGAGAGAAACCUGUUGGCUGUUUUAAGACAUUCAAAAGCGGUAUAAAGUCUGUUUGGGCCACUCGACACACCAUAGAGUCAGCAGAUGACAAAGAUCUCCACGUCAAAACGACGCUGAAGGAGCUGGUAGUUUACCUUCUCUUCUUGGUUUUGCUCUCUAUCGUGGCAUUCGGGAUGACCAGCACGUCGAUGUACUACGUCACUAAGGUGAUGAGUGAACUAUUUUUAGAUACAAGCUCGGGUGGUGCCUCUUUUCGAUCCAUUAACGGUAUUGAAGACACGUGGAAGUUUCUUCGGGGACCUUUGCCAACUUGCUUCCAUUGGGAGGUUUGGUAUAAUAACCAACAACUUCCUAAAAAUGGCGACGGAUAUAUCUUUCACGAAAACAAACUUCUGGGCCUGCCAAGGAUUCGCCAGGUUAUGGUCAGAAACGAUUCCUGCUCUGUACAUGAAUAUUUCAAUGACAUCAUAUUUGAAUGCUAUGACGCAUAUUCAGACUCCAAAGAAGAUAAAUAUUCCGACACUAAUAUUACACGGAUCGGGAACUACACAGCAUUUACUUACCAGUCAGAAGCUGACCUGGGCGGUAGUACUCACGCGGGAGAGUUAGCCACCUAUAGUGGAGGAGGCUAUGUCCAAAACCUGGGAAAGACGAAAAGUGUCACUCAAGAAACAAUUGAAUAUCUCUUUACAGAGAGUUGGAUCACGCGGGGAACACGUGCACUUUUCAUUGAUUUUACGGUGUACAAUGCUAAUGUAAAUCUUUUCUGUGUCAUCCGCCUCGUUGUGGAGUUUCCCGCCACUGCUGGGGCUAUCUCGUCAUGGAGUUUUCGAACUGUGAAGUUAUUGCGUUACGUCACUGUUUUUGAACAUUUUGUCAUGGCUUGUGAAUUUUUCUUCGCCCUGUUCAUUCUCUACUACAUAAUUGAAGAACUGAUAGAGAUAAAAAUCAAUGGACUGUCGUACUUCAAAAGUGUCUGGAACAUCCUUGACGUCACCGUUAUUGUAAUUUCUAUUGUGUUUCUGGCAUUCGAUGUGUACCGCACGCUUGAAGUCGACAAAAAACUAGAAGAAUUAACGAAAAAACCCGACCAGUUCCAAGAUUUUGAAUUUCUAAGUCUUUGGCAGAUACGAUUUGACAACGCCAUUGCAAUCACUGUAUUUUUAGCCUGGGUGAAGUUAUUUAAAUAUAUCAGCUUUAAUAAAACGAUGAAUCAGCUAUCAUCAACUCUCGCACGAUGUGCUUCGGAUCUCGCGGGAUUUGCUGUCAUGUACUUCAUCGUCUUUCUAGCGUUCACACAGCUUGGUUAUCUGUUGUUUGGUUCAAAACUGAAAGAGUUCAGCGACUUCUGGAGUUCCUUUUUUGCUCUUUUCAAUAUCAUCCUCGGCAGUUUUGAUUUCUAUGCCCUCCGCGCAGCUGAUCGUUAUCUGGGACCCAUUUUCUUCAUGCUGUUUAUCUUUUUCAUCUUCUUCAUCCUUGUCAACAUGUUCCUCGCCAUCAUAAAUGACACCUACUCAGAAAUAAAAAGUGAGCUUGGAGAACAAAAGGAUGAUCUACAGAUUUCGAAAUUUUUGAUAACUACAUACAGAAAAAUGUUAGGGAAGAUACACGAGAAAGAAGACAAGGUGUGGGAUUUGGAUGACGUUCUCAAGUAUGCUGACGUCAAUGAUGACGGCAUAAUAGAUUUUGACGAAUGGCGCCAGGACCUUAUAAAACGUGGUUACGCUGAGGGUGAAAUCGAGGCUCUUUUCUGUAAAUACGAUGUUGACGGCUCGCGGUAUUUGGACAAGGAAGAACAAGCAAAACUUCGUCAGGAUCUAGAUAAACAGAAGGUUGAAAUCAACCAGGAGUACGUAGACCUGCAGGAUAACAAUCGGAACCAAGUCAGCGAAAACGAUGACAGUGGAAAUGAGGACGACUCCUCGAAAGACAACUCUGCUGCGGCUUGCAAGAAGAGGGUCGGAUUCUCAGGGGUGUUGUAUGAGGAAUAUACACACCUCUGUAAACGUGUGGAAAGGAUGGAGCAUGCCAUUGGCGGAAUCAUUGGGAAAAUCGACGCAGUCCUUUGCAAACUGGCAAACAUCGAAAAAGCGAAAAUCAGACGAAGGGAAGCAAUAUCGAAGAUCCUGAAUUAUAUCAGUGAGGACCAAAACGACCAAGAAGGGAUAUCGAAGGAGAAGUUGGGAUCAGUGAUAAAGCGAGAACUAACGAAGCUUGACGCAGCGGAUGAUGGGAGUAGUGAUUCCGGCUCCACCCGGGGAACCCCUCAGAUCACCUCGAAUGAGGAAACGGAAAUCACAAAGCAAGAGGCGAGAGGACCCAUCUAAAAUAGAAAUAUUUCUAUUGUGGGAUACACUUUCUAUAUUUCUAUUAAUUGAAUAUUCUCCAGUUUUCCUGUGACUUCCUCGACAUGCAGUCAAUGACUGUCAACUACGAUAUACUUUUCAUAUACAACAUAUCACGUGCACUAACUUUGUAAUUAACAGCGGCUGUGAAAUGUCGACAGUGGAUGCUUACUCCUCCUAGACAGUUGAUCCCACCUCUGGUGUGUCCAGGGGUCCGUGUUUGCCCAACUAUCUAUUUUGUAUUGCUUAUAGGAGUUAUGAGAUUGAUCACUGUUUGUUAUCUUCACCUUUAUAGGAGUUAUGAGAUUGAUCACUGUUCGUUAUCUUCACCUUUAUAGGAGUUAUGAGAUUGAUCACUGUUCGUUAUCUUCAUCUUUAUAGGAGUUAUGAGAUUGAUCACUGUUCGUUAUCUUCACCUUUCAUCGACAUUGUCAUGUGAUGUUGCUUCUCUGCACAGGGAUGUUGAUAUAAACAUUCAACCACUAUUGUGUUUCCAUUCACAAUUGUGAUUAUUUUCGAAAUUGAAAUGAUUGUGACGUCAUGUAAUUCGUGGACUGUGUGCACUAGAGUCUGACUGACUAAUUGAUAACCCUUGUCCUAGCAAAUACACACACACACACACACACACACACACACACACACACACACACACACACAGAGAGAGAGAGAGAGAGAGAGAGAGAGAGAGAGAUAUGCUAUAUAUUGAUAUUGUAUUUGUAUUUAACAUUCCAUUGUGAAAUAACUUAUACUCCGAGUUAAUGAUUUUGAAAUAUCUUCUUUCUCUUUUUAGCAACAGAAAUAUUGUACAUGUAACUAAUUAAAUUAUCCAUGACAUGGAAAAGGAUUUCAUAGAGGAAAAAAAGUAUCAAAGUUUGUAGAAUUUAACAAUGAAAGUGAUGAAGGUAGAUGUAGCUAGCAUUGCAGAAAAAUUGUAUAAGCGGGUUAUACAAACUUUUUCUACAAUGAUCACUACCUUCAUCACCCGAUGAAACAACAAAGAAAGACAUUUUAUUGUUUAUAUUUAAAUGUAUUAUUUAAAAAUAUAAACUAGAAUUAAGAUAUAAAAUAGCAUAUGGUUCACCCAUUUGUUACGUUAAUUGGAACAACCAAUGCACCCUUUGACCUUGAUGACACUCCAUAUUUGGUAACGGUUUUACUGACAGGUGGUACUAUAAAACCGGAUCGAACUAGUUUGCAACAAACAUAUCUUCAUUGCAUUAUUCAUUGCAUGAUGAAAGCAAUGCCAAUUUCAAAAGAAAUGUAAGAGAAAAGAUUCAGUGAAGGUAAAUGUUAGUAAAUAAAAUGCCAGCGGUAACUUUAAACAGGAGACGUUGAUGUUCCCUCAUCAAGCGGCCGGCAUUAGAAGUGGAUGGGUCUUUCUGUCAAUAUGAUCCGUGGUACGGUAGGCGUCACAUACGACAAGGAACGUCACUGCUACGGCACUGUGCGUCAUGUACCAUCUCGAAAUCCAAAUAUCUCCACCAUUUCCGCUAGGUAAAGAACCACAGUACACUUUGAUAUAGCAGAUCGUGAAUCUGCAUUUGAACUUUUUUGAAUUCCAUUUACCCAAGGAUGCUUUAUGGCAAGCAUUGGUUGAAACUGAACCAGUUAACCAUGGAGAAUAAGUCAAAAUAUGUACAAUUUAGAGACAAGCGGACAACAGAAAAUCAGAAAACUUCACUUGCGCUAUACUUAAGUCCCAGGAUCACGAAACAUAUUACAUUUAAGUCAGAAUCUGAAUAUUGCAAUACAAUGAUUGAGAAGUCCAUCAUUUAAAAAUAAAAUUGUUAUUCAAUAUUG